CUUGGAUUUAAACACCUUAUCGAUAGAACAAGUCGAUUUGAUUGCAAAUAUUGCGCCAACUUCGAUGGAUGUAUUUUAUUUGUUGGAUUGUGAAAGUGCUAAUCCUACUGCACUAAUUGGAGAAAAUGAACAAUUCCUAUUAAAGCUUGCAAAAAUUGAUCGAAUAGACGAAAAGUUACAUGCGAUGUCAUUCAUGGGACAUAUUAACAGUCGUGUCACCGAGAUCCUAAAAAGUUUCGAGGAUCUCACUAAUAUUGUGAAAGUUCUGAAGAAAAAUCGUGGAUUUCGUGCUCUAUUACGUGUUGUCCUUGUCUUCAUGAACUUUAUCAUUGGUGAUUUUACAGCGAGAACAAUUCGAGGCUUCAGGGCAUCAGAUCUCACAAAAAUUUGUGCAACAGAAGUGUGUAACUCACCAAAAACAACAUUACUAAAUAUUGUAGCGUCAUCUACUAUUUCGGAAUUUCCCGAAGUCUGUAUUUUUCGUGAUACUCUUCCGGCGCUGGAGAGAGCUUCACGAGUGAACUUCCAAGAGCUUUCUGCAACAGUACGACGUCUCGAACGGGACUAUUUGCGAUUUGAUCGAGAAGCGAGUCGUUUGGAUGAUAAAGGACAGAUUGCUGGAUAUAGAGAAGUGAUCAGAAAUAAAGUAAUGGAAGUGAAGGAUAGCUAUCGUGAGUGCAAGAUCGUUCUCUGCAAAACGUUGCGUUUCUUUGGUGAAUUAGUAGACGAAGAUAUUGGUCCAGAAAUUCCCGAAACAUUUUUUGCCAGUAUUGCUACUUUUUAUCGUCAACUUCAACGGGCUUGGAUUGAUGUGCAUCUACAUGGUAUCCCAGUGACAAGAACUGUUUAA